AUGAUCCUAGAUCGUUUGCAUUUAUUGGCUUUGUUCCGACCCACUUUCCCGGCUUUGUUCCGGCCAUUUCCCCGGCUUUGUUUUGGCCUUUUACCAGCUUUGUUCCAACCCAUUUCCCUGGUGUUGUUCCGGCCAUUUCCUCAGUUUCUUAACUCAGCCGAGUGCUUGUCUGGUAAAAACUUGAAGAUUGGAGUGGUUUUGUCAGGAGCCCAAGCUCCUGGAGGACACAAUGUAAUCUCUGGGAUCUUCCAUUACUUGCAGGAUCGUUGCAAAGGAAGCACACUAUAUGGAUUCAGGGGUGGACUUUCUGGGAUCAUGAAAUGCAAAUAUGUGGAGUUGAACUCGCAGUUUAUUUACCCAUAUAGAAAUCAGGGUGGCUUUGAUAUGAUCCGUAGUGGAAGAGACAAAAUUGAAACCCCAGAACAGUUUCAGCAAGCUGAAUAAACGGCAUUAAAACUUCAUUUGGAUGGGCUUCUUGUAAUUGGUGGGGACGACUCGAAUACAAAUGCUUGCCUCCUUGCCGAAAAAUUUAGGAGUAAAAAUUUGAAAACUCGGGUGAUUGGAUCCCCUAAGACCAUUGAUGGGGAUUUGAAAUGCAAAGUUCAUCGAAAGCACUAAUGAGCAAUCGAGUAAUUUGCGAGUCUCUCUUUUUUUUUUUACUAUUUGAAGCAUAUCCUUAGGAUUUUAGACAUUAAAUAUUCUUUUAUUUCUAUUGAGACAUAGUUACACUCAUAAAUGCAUUGUAAUUUUUUUUUUUUUUUUUUUUUUUGACUCUAUUGUGGAUUGGGUUUAUUUGGUUAGUAAAUUUGGUUUAUGAAUGGAUUAAUGAUGAUUAUAAAAAUUUUAUUUUAUUUUUUUAAAAUUGUUUCACUUAAAUAUAUUAUUAUAGCCUUUAAAAAUAAGUGUCUUUAUAAUGGACUGGAUUUGUUUGAUUAGUAAAUUUGAUUUAUGAAUGGAUUGAUGUUUAUUAUAAAAAUUUGACU